AUGUCGGAACCGAAAGCUAAGAAGAUAGUUGACACUGUCAUCAAACAACGAAAUGACGGGAGCAAGUAUGAGAAAUCUUCCCAUUCUGCUCCUCCUGUUACGGCUUGCAUUGUAAGCAAGAAAGAAUCUGAUGAGGAUGAUGGUACGUCAAGACAAUUAAUCUUGGCAGAUAUCAUUAAAGCGCUAAAUGAUGAGGAGAUCAAUAUGAUUGGGAUAUGUGGUCCAGGUGGUGUUGGGAAGACGAGGAUGGAGAAGAAAGUUAUUGCAAAGGUCAAAGGGGAAAACUUGUUUGAUGUGGUUGUGUUCAUAAGUGUUUCCCAACAAUUCAAAUUGGAAGAGCUUCAAGACUUAAUUGCAAAACAAUUGGGUCUAACAUUUGAUGAACAGGAUAAGAACAUCAAAGCUGUCAGACUAAAUACAAGACUAAAGAAAGAGUAUAAAAUUCUCAUAAUAUUAGAUGAUGUUUGGAAAGAACUGAAUUUAGAGGAAAUAGGAAUUCCUUUGGGGGAUGACCACAAAGGUUGUAAAAUCAUGCUAUCAUCGAGAAGUAGUGAAGUAUGCCUUUCUAUGGUUCAGAGUGUGGAGAACAUUUUCACCAUAGAGUCAUUGAAUGAUGAAGAAUCCUGGGAUCUCUUUAAAAGAAAUGCUGGUGAUAAAGUUAAUGAUCCUGCCUUCAAUCAAAUUGCACAAGAAAUUUCAAAGGAAUGUGGGGGGUUACCCCUUGGAAUAAUUACUGUUGCAAAAGCGUUGAAACAAAAAGAAAAAAAGCGCUGGGAAAUUGCACUUAAACAGCUAAAAUCAGUCCUUCCAAUAAACAUCACAGGAUUGGGAGAGGUAUAUAAAUCCUUGAAGUUGUCCUACGAUUAUCUAGAAAACGAUGAAGCAAGGAAGUUAUAUCUGCAUUGUUGUUUAUUCCCAGAAGAUUACUCUAUACCCCUGGAAACUCUUGCCAGACGUGGAAUGAGUUUGGGCAUGUUUGCACACAUUAAUAGUCUUGAAGAUGCUAGGGACACGGUGGAAUCAUUGGUUGAUAUGCUCAAAAAUUGUUUCCUGCUACAAAAAGGCGAAGACGAUUGCUCGGUCAUAAUGCACGAUGCUCUUCGAGAUUUAGCAAUAUAUAUUACAUCCAGAGAACAACAUAUUUUUGGGAUAAACCAUAAUUUAAAGGUAAAUCAAUGGCCAAGAGAUAUUCACCAUGAAGAGGUGACUUGCAUUUCAGUAUGGUCAGAGACAACGGUAAAGCAUCCAAAGACGCUAAAUUGCCCAAUAUUGGAAUUCUUAGAAAUAAAAGCAGGGGGUAUUUCUUAUCUGCAUGAUGAUAUUUUCCUGAGUACAAAAGCCCUCAAAACAAUCGAAGUGUCUGGCAUGCAAUUUUCACUUAUGCCGUCAUCAAUUGGAUUGUUAACGAAUUUGCGCAUGUUAGGAUUGUUUCGAUGCGAGAUGGAGGAUAUAUCAUCGAUAGGUAAAUUAGUUAACCUUGAGAUUCUGAGUAUAAGAAAGUCAAUAUUUAGUGUUUUUCCAGCUGAACUAGGAAAGCUUGAGAAGCUCAGGUUAUUGGAUUUAUACAAAUGUCGAUUUAUUGAAACAAUUGAACCAGGUGUUCUAUCAAGUUUUCUUGAGUUAGAAGAACUUGAUAUUAGAGGAUGCAAGGCAGUUGAAUGGGAAGUCGAAAAUAAAGUGGAACAGAAUAAAGUCGAAAAUGUCUCACUAGCUGAACUACAGGUGAUGACGAGUUUGACCACGCUAAGAAUUGACAUAUCUGACAGAGUUAUCCCAAAGGAUGUAAGUCUUUCUGGUGGGCUAACAGGGUUUUUUAUAUGCAUAGCGUCGUAUGAUAAUAAUAGAAUUCCUUUUGAAAGUUAUGAUCCCGAAUGCUCCAAGAAGGUGUGGUGUAGUUCUAAUGCAGAGCAUGUAGUGGAUUGGAUAAGCAACAUUGUAGUGGAUGCUGAAGAAGUCAUGUUGCGGGAAAGUGUAACAAGCCAUGUAAUUGAUUUAUUGGCGAAAAAAAACUUCCAGCAUGUGAAGUUCUUAGAUGUUAGCUUUUGUAAAGAAUUGUUGUAUCUUGCAAAAAUGUCAGAUUAUCCCUCCAAGGCUCCAAGUCAAUAUACUAAUUGUUUUGCCAACCUCGAACGCCUCAGCAUCAGAAAUUGUGAGGAAAUUGUUUAUUUGCUCUCAAUGCCAUUAGUGUCCACAACUUUGCCACUUCUUGAAAGUCUAGAAAUAGACACGUGUAAGAAGUUAGAACAAGUGUUCCUUCUAGAGGAAGAUAAUCUGAGUGGUGGGCAUGGAAUUAGCCAGAUGGAUAAGGUCAAGUUCCCCAGAUUGGAGACAAUAAAGCUUCGAAAUUUAGGGGCGCUAAAGGGUUUUUGCAAUGGGACUCACAACAUCGAGCUCCCUAGCUUAAGUUCCUUGAGGAUCACGAAUUUACCCAACAUCAGAGGAUUCUUCUCUAGCCAUAACAACCAAAGUGCUAACAUGCAUUUCCUUUUCAGGGAAAAGCACGUUGAAAAAUUGACAUUUAAGCAUUGUAAGGAGAUGGAACAAGUAUUUGUUGUAAAGGAUAAUGAAGUGGAUGGAGCUGAUCAAAGUCGAAUCCCUGACAUCCAGUUCCCGAGUUUGCGACAGUUAACCCUUCACGAUUUACAAGCACUCACGAAUUUUUGCAAGGGGGUUAACAACAUUGAGUUCCCAAGUUUGAGGAUGAUUUUUGACUUGAACAACAUAAACGGUUUUGUGAUUUGGAGAGCAAUCCAGUGGCAUGAAUUUCAUAUAUCACACAAUGCCUUUUUCUCUUAA